AUAUAAUUUUUUGUAACAUCAAUAUUCGAAUAAAGAAUGCGCGAGAAAUGGCAGAUAAAAAGAGAAGCAAAUGCUAGCUUUCGAAUUCUUUUUAUCUGUCUUGUAUCUUUCACGCGUAUAUCGUUUCUUUCGAUCAUAAUUGCAAAGAUACGGGAGAAAAAUGACAUGAAAUAAAAAAGAUAUACAUUAUACAUCCGCUUGUUCCCAUUUGACAAAUGUAUCAUGAAAUAUUCUGCUUAUGAAAUACUUCCGACUUCCGACCUUUAGGCUCGACUCGCGCGUCAAAUGUCAAAUUAUCUUGAACCUUGAAGUUCGCAAUUAAUAAAUGAAUGAGUAAAUCAUAGAUUCGAGAAGCGAGCAAGAUAGGCAGCAUUCCCAGGUAGGACACACAUAGAGACAAUGUCACACGAUUGGCUAUCGAAUAGAAAAAUUUUCGGGACUAAAAAUUCUCUAUUCGAUAACCAAUUACGUGACAUUGUGUCUACCUGCGUUUUCUUGCUGGAGACCUCUUGAUAUUGCAUUCGCCAUGCAUGAAACCAUAUGUCAACAUUGCAUUUUAAUCUCACUUUCAUUGUAAUAUCCCCGGCAGCCCCGGAUCCGGAUCGCUUUAUCGCUUAUCGCGACACAUUAUACGUCAUGACGAUAGAAACUGAUGUUUCCGCGUUAUGCAUCGACGUAGCAAAGGUGAAAUCAUUGGCUGGAGAAUCGCGGAAAUCCGAAUGUAACAAUGCGCGCGAUGCCGAUCCAGGAGGUUGGACCCCAUUAUUGGUAUUGGGUGGUGCCACUUGCUGUCUGGGAUCAGCAUUACCAGCAGGAUAUAACAUAGGUGUUAUGAAUAAUCCUGCUGAUCUUAUGAAAUCCUUCUGCAAUGAUAGCAUCAGGGAAAGAUAUAAUGUACAAUUGUCCAACCGUGAGCUGCAGAUAUUCUGGUCCGCCAUAGUAUCAAUUUUUCUAAUCGGUGGUGUAUCUGGAUCUUUAAUCGCUAGCUGGCUAAGCGAUCGGUUCGGACGGAAAGGUGCCCUGAGUAUUGGCAAUAUCUGUGGAAUUGUAGGAGCUAUUCUGUUCUUGCUUGUACGACACGUGAACUCGGUCGAAUUUUUUCUUAUUGCCCGAGUGAUCGUUGGACUUUCCGGUGGUCUAGCCACUUCCUUGCUUCCGAUGUACAUGACAGAAAUAGCGCCUUUAAAAUUACGGGGUGCUGUUGGGGUUUUAUGUCAAUUAGGCAUUACCUCCGGCGUGCUGAUGGGUCAAGUCGCUGGGCUAAAAACUGUCCUGGGUACUCCUGAAUCCUGGCACAUCAUGUUAGCGUCUUUCUCACCACUAUGUGUCGCUGCACUGUUAGUGACUAUCGCUUUGCCGGAAAGUCCAAAGUAUUUAUACAUAAUCAGGGGAGAACAGGGGAAGGCUCUUAAAGCACUCAGGCGAUUGCGCAAUAUGGAUAUAAUGCUUUUACAAAACGAGAUUACUAGUUUGCAACAAGAACUGGCGAUGAGAACUACAACCGAGAAAUGGAGUAUCCAGCGCGUACUAAAAGAGCCGACCGUGAGACUGCCGUUGUUUCUAGUGUGCCUAUUGCAAUCCGGCCAGCAACUCUCCGGCAUUAACGCAGUUUUUUAUUAUUCGAAUUCAAUAUUUCUCGGAGCUGGUCUCGGAAUUACCGGUGCUCAGUACGCGACUCUAGGCACAGGCGUCGCAAACAUUCUCAUGGCAAUUAUCUCUGUGCCGAUAAUGUCCUUAUUCAGUAGAAGGAAAGUACUGUUUCUAAGCUGUUAUCUAUGCAUGGGAUGCCUUAUAGCUCUAUGCAUCUUUAUUAUACUAAUUCAAACAGCUCCGGUCAUGCCAGUGUUUUGUACCGUCGCGGUACUCGCGUACGUUGCAUUUUACGGUAUCGGUCUCGGUCCGAUACCGUUUUUCAUCGGUUCCGAACUAUUCGACGUCGGUCCUAGAUCUGCCGCUAUGUCAUUAGGUAGCAUGUUUAAUUGGGGAGGAAAUUUCGUCGUCGGCAUGCUAUUUCCUUUGCUACAAGCCGCGAUCGGCCCGUGCGUUUUCCUAAUCUUCGCUGGAGUCACAUUGAUCUUAGCGCAAGUCAACCGAGUCUAUUUGCCCGAAACACAAGGUCGAAGCACAACGAAUAUAGCGGCAGCCAUGACUCGAGGUUUUAAAUCGAGACCGAAUGCAACGCUGGCUACGUAAAUCUCUAACACUUAACUAACACGUAACUUGAUAAGUAUUUUUACAUAACGGUUAGGUACUUUUUAUACGGUUUUUUAACAGAAUCGUCAAAUCAUCACGAUACGAAUGAUAUUCGCGCAUUAUUCUCAUUCAAUCUCACGUCAAACAAUCUGUAAAUAAUUCUUCCCGAUGACUAUAUCCCGGGACUAUAUAUAACUUAUUUGAGCAAGAGCCAAGUAUGUGUUUUGCAAAGAAAUUUUAUACAUAUGGCUAUUUGUACAUAUUCUCUAGUCUUGAAUAUUGAAAAUAAUAGCAUAAAAUGAUAUCUUAUACAUGUGAUGAGACGAUUAGAAUACAUGGCUAAGAUUUUUACAUUUAUACAUCUCGACGUACAUGCGUCUACAAUUAUAAAUUUUAUAUUGCAAUCACGAUAUUAAAAGGAAUCACUGCCCAAUUAUGACAUCGAUUUAUUCCAAACAGAUCUGCAAUAUUUAAUGUUCUGUAUUCUUGAAAGAUCUUAUUUACAAAAUUCUUAUUUCUGUUGUAUCUAGAGUAAAUAUAUAAUUUAUUUUUUCCAAAA